UUUUGCAAUGAACAAGGAACAACAACAAUUUGCAAUUAAAACAACAGCAAAGCGUGCAACAACACGGGCAUCAACAGCAAAACCAAUAACAACAACAACACCAGCGCCAACGCCAAACCGUGUGACAGUGAACAACGAAUUCGUGCGCACAAUGGCAAUUGUUGUAGAUAGCACUGAUAGCGUUCCCGCUGUUGCUGUUGUUGCUGCUGCCGAUGACAAGCAGCCUGAAAGUUGUUGCGCCAACGAUGAGCAGCAUUGCAACAACUGUCAGCAGAGGCAACAACAACAACAACAUCAUCUUUGGCCCUCACAACCGCAAACACUGCAACAGCAGAAGCAACAACAACAACAACAGCUGAAGGGAUGUGAGCAACAUGCACCGCACCAUCUACGGUCAUGGUCGGGACAGCGGUCAAAGUUCAGCGCCUGGCUGCUGACAACUGUGUUCAUCGUGGCCAUUUGCCUGGUGCAGAGCGCGCAUACGAAUCUCUUGUUUGGUAAAUUACUAUCCUGUUCCAAUGAGGGCGAAGUGGUGCAAAUUCCGGAAUUAAUAAAAUCAAACUGUUUUCAAUGUACCUGUAAGAAUGGAUUUGUUAACUGUGAACAGGGAAGCUGUCCCUCCAUUGAUGAUUGCUAUUUAUUGGACCCGAAACCGCGUGAUACAUGUUGUAAAAGGUGCAAAGGAUGCAUAUACCGUGGCAUACCAUACCCAAGUGGCUCUGAGUGGUCUGAUCCCGAUGAUCCUUGUCGAACAUACAAAUGCGUGGCAAGUGUUGUCACUGAAACGACAAUGAAAUGUUUCAAUCAGUGCGAUGAUGAACACGUCAUACCGCCAAAGCCCGGUGAAUGCUGUCCGACAUGUCAAGGUUGUAAGAUCAACGGACAAGUAGUGGCCAAGGGUCAAGAGGUUGUCGGUUCGAUAGACGAUCGCUGUAUGGUGUGUCAAUGUUCGAACAACGAGUUGACUUGCGCUAAGAAGACAUGUCCCAUACUGCCGUGCCCGAUCACUAAGCAAACACAAAAUCCUAACGAAUGCUGCCCACGCUGUACCGAACAACGACAGUUUAUGCCGGUAAUCGGUAAGUGCAUUUUCAACGACAAAGUCUACUACGACAAGACAGAAUUCAUGCCGGACCGCUGCACCAACUGCACCUGCAGCAACGGCACCUCGGUCUGCCAGCGCAACACCUGCCCCAUACUGGAGUGCUCACCCGAGUAUCAGGAAAUAGAUGGCUGCUGUCCGCGUUGUAUCACCUCCGAGGUGCGCCACGAAUGUAUACACAAGGGUGUGACCUACAUGAACAACGAAACAUGGAAUUUAGGACCGUGCCGCUCGUGUCGCUGCAUUGCGGGACAAAUACGUUGCUCGGAAAUGCGUUGUCCGUCGCUGAAAUGUGGCUCGAAUGAGGAGAAGAAAACGCUCCCGGGCGAGUGUUGUCCGCGUUGCAUAGAAACGCCCGGCACAUGCACCGUCUUCGGUGAUCCUCACUUUAAGACUUUCGACGGCAAAUUCUUCAGUUUCCAAGGUUCAUGCAAGUAUCUACUGACGGCCGACUGUCACGACAAGACAUUCUCCAUACGGCUGACGAAUGAUGGACGCGGCACGAAACGCUCGUCGUGGGCGAAGACCGUCACACUGAAGAUGCGCGGCAUGCGCGUGACUUUGGGUCAGAAAAUGCGUGUCAAAGUUAAUGGCAGUCUCGUGAUUUUGCCAUUUACCGGUGCGUCCGGCACGCCAAUUGUCAACAUCGAACGACUGGGCGAACACAUAAUGCUGCAAACCGAUUUGGGUUUAAAACUGGAAUGGGACGGCAACAAUUUCCUACAGGUCACCGCACCGACAUCCUACAAAAAGAAACUAUGCGGUCUGUGUGGCAAUUACAAUGGCAUCGGACGUGAUGAUCUCAGCAGCCGCGAUGGCAAUAAUCACACCGACGACGAGGUCUGGCGUUUCGCCAAUUCCUGGAAGGAGGGCGGACCGAAGGCAUGUUCGCGACGCGUGGAAAAGUUUGCGACACGUCCCAAUUGCAAGGAGCGCAAAGCGAACGCCGCCUGUCGUUGGCUGCGCGAAUCGGAAGUAUUCGGAAACUGUGAUAGUAGACUAAAUCCCAAUAACUAUUUUGACGCGUGCAAGAUGGACGUGUGCGAGUGCCCGAAUCGUAUGUGUCAUUGUGACAGUUUCGCGGCGUAUGCGCACGAGUGUCGACGCCUCGGUGUCACGGUGUCGGAGGAGUGGCGCAAGCGCACCAAAUGUCCGGCGGGUCUCUGGCGGCGGAAUGCAACCAAAAUGGCACUCCUGCAACAUCAACAUCAACAGCAUCAGCAUCGUCAGCGCAGUGGUGGCGGACAAUCGCGUCGGCGCAAGCAUCACCAACAGCAAAAACUGAAGGAACAACAACAAUUGGAACUGUUGCAGCAGUUUCAAGAGCAAAGCAACCAGCACAACUUCAUGUCGCUGCAUGUGCCGAAGAGUCUGUUGGCGCAUAAGUCGCCGAAUCGAACGCCGCCGCCGUUGCAUUGAGCAUGCGCCGAUACGCAGAGCAAACAUACAUUCAACACUAAGCUACAUUAGGCUAUGAGUAACACUUAAUAUGCACACAUACAUACAAAUAAGUUAUGCAAUUAUUAUUUAGCUAGAAAAUGGUGAAGAAAAUUAUUUGAAAAAAAUAUAUGGAAAAAAGCAUAUUGCUUCAGCUCAGAUAAUUUAAGCUUGUUUAUGUGUGUGUGCGUUGAUAAUUUUUUGUAUAAUUAUAUAUAACCUAAAUUGUAUUUGUACUUGUAAAUGUAAUUGUAAUUGAAUCAACACUGUUUUCUGUGCUGUUUUAUACCAUUUUAUUAUUAUUAUUAUUAUCAACUAUAAUUAGCUCUUACAUAAGCUUAAUUCUAUAUAAUCUAAGUGUAUAUAUGUAUUAGUGGCAUAUAUUUUGUAUUUUAUUUUCAGACAUUUUAGCAAAAUUCGUAUACUUCAACCGUAACGGUUCCUAACUCCCACACAUACACAUACACACAUCCAUGCAUGCUCCACCAUUUGUAUGCAAAAAAUAGGCACUUAAGUGCGACUGCACGUCCCACCAGCGAAAUGAGUAGCGCAAAAGGCAUGUCGGAGUCAAGUCACUCGUUGCAUUGCAUUCCUUUGUUGCAACUGUAACAUAGCAAUGCUACUAUUCAUUUCUCCACUGAAGCCAAGCUCACAACUUCUCUUUAUUAGUACUAACAAAUUCCUAAGCAAUUGAAUGCUUUUGUGUCGUGCUUUAAGCACGAUUUUUAGGUAUUGAUUCACUAUUUGCUAGGAAAUACUGUUAUAAUGAACUACUUUUAAACGCUUCAAAUUUUUGUACUUCUCUAAAUUCACUUUAAAUUUUAUUUGUGUGUAUCAGCUGGCUGACACAUAUUAUCUUGUAUAUAAUAUUACUAUUUUAUAUAUAGUCAACAUUCACUUCGUAUUCUCAGUAGAAGUUUAGUUUUUUUAUAAUUCAU